AUGAAAGAUGACGUGCUCUCCCUGCGUCGGGUCAGAGGGCUGGACUUGCGGCCAGGAGGGCACCUGGAGGAGAGGAAAACAAUUUAGGUUGGUGGGGAGGGGGAAGUCCGAGGCCUCAGGCUCUGCAAGGUGGGUAGAAGAGAUAGGGAAGUGGGGAGGGGGCCCUGGGGCCCUGCGGGGAGGGUGAGGAUGGAAGGCAUGCCCAGAGCCAGCAUGGUGGGGGGCUUUCGCCAAGCACUGGCCUUGCUGGCCUGGCCCUCGACAUGGUUCCAGGGCUGCUCCUGCCUCCCAUACUUGCCAGGCAAGACGCCUGCAUCUUUAAUUAGCAAGCAGCAGCCUCCCGAUUCAUCACAGUCACUGUUUAAUUAG